AUGAAUUUAACACCUAUUGCGGUGUUACUUUUGGCUAUUGUUGAGUGUGUUGCAGCUGAUGUUCAUUCAAUUGGAUCGAUAAUUGGUGGUAUUAUUGGUUUAAUUAUUCUUAUAUUGGAUAUUAUUGCUGCUAUUGAAAUUCUUCGCUCAGGAAAAACAAUGAUCGAAAAAUUACUUUGGAUUUUAUUUAUUUUUUUCUUUCCUAUUAUUGGUUUGAUUGUAUACUUAUUGUUUGGUCGUACUCGAUCUGCUGGUAUCUAA